AUGAGCAUCCACAUGAAGGGCCGUUGCGUCUGCGAGAAUUUGCAGUACUCGCUAGAACUUGACUCCCUGGACGAUGCGAGAACCACCCUUUGCCAUUGCAACAGCUGCAAGAGGGCGUUUGGAACCAACUACGGUCUCACAACCAAGGUCCCCCUCCAGGGUUUCAAGUACGAGGCUGGAACCCCCAAAAAGUUCAAGCAGCACAAUGGUGUGACAAGGGAGUUUUGCGAUAACUGUGGCGCUUACAUCUGUGAAUACGGGGAAGAAGCAGCGGACAAGUUCCGGUACGUCAUGUGGGGGUCCUUUGAUGAGCCAGAAAAGGUACCUCCCAAGGGCGAGUUCUUCUGCAAGAAUAAGCCCAAGUGGAUGCCCGAUAUCCCAGGCACCUUCCGGAAGCAGGAGAUCAAGGAGUAA